AUGCGUUUUUUAAGAAGCUCCAUCAUCUUGUUCCUCAUCUACAUAGCCCUUAAAAUUAACCUCUGUGUUCCCAGCAUUCCUUCACUGAAAACACUUCCCAUUGCUGGUCAUUUCGAUUUCAAAAAAGUUCAUUUUGCAGCAAAAGAUUUUGGCAAUCGAUACAGUUUCCUUCCUUUGGCUGUUCUACACUCCGAGUCAGCUUCUGAUAUUGCCACCACAGUGAAGCAUAUAUGGAAUAUGGGUUCUGGUUCACGACUCACGGUUGCAGCUAGAGGGCAUGGCCACUCACUCCAUGGCCAAGCACAAGCCCGCCAAGGAGUUGUGAUCAACAUGGAAUCACUCCGAAGCCCUAGAAUGAAGGUUCACACCGGGAACUUCCCUUAUGUGGAUGUCUCAGGUGGUGAGCUGUGGAUAAAUAUACUGCGUGAAACCCUGAAACAUGGGUUGGCACCGAAAUCAUGGACGGAUUACCUCCAUUUAACUGUCGGCGGUACUCUUUCCAAUGCUGGGAUCAGUGGACAGGCGUUUCGGCACGGACCGCAGAUCAGUAACGUUCACCAACUGGAAGUCGUUACAGGGAAAGGAGAAGUGGUGAAUUGCUCGGAGAAGCAGAACAGUGAUCUGUUCUACGGCGUUCUCGGAGGACUCGGUCAGUUCGGCAUCAUAACACGGGCACGGAUAUUGCUGGAACCAGCACCUAAAAUGGUGAAAUGGAUUAGAGUGCUGUAUGAAGAUUUUUCCACAUUUUCCAGGGAUCAAGAGAGGUUAAUAUCUGUAAAAAGCACAUAUGAUUAUAUUGAAGGAUUUGUUAUUAUAAACAGAACUGGUCUGUUAAAUAACUGGAGAUCAUUCUUCAACCCAAAGGAUCCAGUGCAAGCUAGCCAAUUCAAGUCAGAUGGAAGAACUCUCUUCUGUCUAGAAUUAGCAAAGUACUUCAACCCUGAAAAAAUGGAUGUAGUAAAUCAGGAAGUUGUGAGUUCAUUAUCUCAGUUAAACCACAUUCCAUCAACACUUUUUCAAUCAGAAGUUCCAUACAUUGAGUUUUUAGACAGGGUUCACAUUUCCGAGAUCAAACUCCGGUCGAAAGGCUUGUGGGAAGUUCCACAUCCAUGGCUCAAUCUCCUCAUCCCAAGAAGUAGAAUCCAAAGUUUUUCUCAACAAGUCUUUGGCAAUAUCUUGACAAAUACAAGCAAUGGCCCCAUCCUCAUCUAUCCACUGAACAAAUCAAAGUGGGACAAUAGAACUUCAGCUGUGUUACCAGAAGAAGAUGUUUUCUAUUUAGUGGCAUUCCUUACAUCUGCAGUGCCAUCUUCAAAGGGAAGUGAUGGCAUAGAGCACAUACUAAGUCAAAACAGAAGAAUUCUAGAUUCAUGUGAUAUAGGUGGUUUUGGGGCAAAACAAUAUUUACCCCACUAUUCUACAAAAGGAGAAUGGAGAUCCCAUUUUGACACACAAUGGGAAGCUUUUGUCCAAAGAAAAUCCACUUACGACCCUUUGGGUAUACUUGCUCCUGGCCAAGGAAUAUUUCAAAAAGCUACAGCUUUCUCAUUAUAACAUCUAUGCUAUAUAAAUACUUUUAGCUAAAAGGGGGAAGAAAAGUAGGGAAAAGCUUUUGGCAGGCAAAUGAUUCAGAAUUGAAAUGCUGCAAACUCAUACUGUUA